AACCCGAAGAAGGGAAAAAAAAACCAGCACCAUCUGACUCUUCACCUGUCGAGCGCUCGCUGUCUACUCUCCGUUGUCCGGAUUCAACCGCUGCUCCCUCCGAGAUAUAUAUCUGCUGUCUCGGUCCUGCAAGCGUUCAGAUAGCGUCAGCCCGACGCCAUCUUUCGCGCCUUUCCUCGCCGCAGCUCACAUCGUUCGCUAACUGAUCCCGCCAACCUAAUCGGGUUCGUCGUGCGUUUACUUCAUUACUCUCGCUUUUCAUUUUUAUUAUUUUAGUUCUACUUUCGCUACUUGUUCGUAAUCAUGGCCGGUCCCGGUGGUGGUCCUCCUCGUCGGAGCCACACCAAGUCCCGGAAGGGAUGCGACACCUGCAAGCGUCGCCAUAUUCGGUGCGAUGAGAACUUCCCGCAGUGCCGCAACUGCACCAAGCACAAGAUCCGCUGUCCUUACAAUGACGUUCCCGUUCCAGAGGACAGGGCUGGGUCUCCUGACAAGCCCGACCUCAUGUGGACGCCGGAGAUUGAGGCUACCAUCGACCAGUGGCGGCGCACUGGCAUGUUUCCGUUUCCCAGCCUGGGUAUCUACCCUGCGCCUGCACCUGAGUAUCUCACCCUGGAGGAGUUGAGGUUGAUCCACCACGUCGCGUCGAUCAGCCAUCAGAUGCAGGAACUGGACGCCAACGACUUCACGCUCUGGACGCGGCAGAUCCCGACGAUCAUCAGGAUCGGUGCGACCCACCGCUAUGUCUUGCACGCUCUACUGGCCUUCUCUGCCAUGCAUCUGGCCUACCUGACGGGCUGCCCGGCCGUUGGCAACAUGGCCUAUGAGCAUCGCGGUGCCGCCUUGAAGGGGCUGCAGGAGGCCAUCAGCACUUUCUCUCGGGAGACCUCGGACGCGAUCCUCGCCGCAUCACUGGUCCUUUCGUGGCAAGCCACAGAUUGGCGGAGCUGGACCCAGCUUAUGCAAGGAACCUCAUCGGUCAUCGAAGCCAUGGAUCCUUGGAAGCACGAGUCGCAGUUUGGUGACUUCAUCGCCGAGAGCAGCACUUUCCCAACCGCCCCGCCCUCGCCCACUCCGGAUCAUCAGCCCAGCCAGCCUCGUGAGGAGGAUCUGGAGGCUUUCCAGCGGGUCUUGCAGCAGCUGCAGAAGCUCGAGAGCUUCCUCAAGAAGAAUCGCGAGGACACGAAGCCGGUUGCCCAGCUCAUCACCUUCAUGAAGGGCUCCCGCAAGGUCACCUCGUCCCUGUCGGUGGCGCAGCAGUUUGAUCGUCUGAAGCCCUUGCGGACCUGGUUGUUCUGGCUGCCUGUCAUGUACCUGCAACGGAAUGGUGCAUCGCCAAGCGCCCUGGUCGUCAUUGCCCACUACUACACGGCCGCCUUGCUGAUGGAACGUCUCUUUCCCGAGAUUGGCGCCGCCUACUUUGGAAGCAUGACCAUUGGUCCGGUCGAGGAAAUCGCCCGCCGUCUCUACGCGAUCCGCAACUCCGGUCAUCUCGAGGGUGACCUCCAGACUCCUCUCAACCUGAUGGAGUUCCCCAUUGAGACGGUCAACGAGUUCCGCUCCCGGAUGGGCUGGGUUCAGCCAGUGCGCACGCCCUCGUUCCCUCAGUUCGAUCAGCCGAACUUCUACAUGAACGAGGGCUCGCCCUUGAUGUUGUCGGCCAACUUGUCUUCCGAGUACCUUCCGUAUGGAGACAACGUGGCCUUCAGCUACAGCACCGAGGACCUGUCGGUCAUUCCCGAGUCUGGCGCCACCAACGCCAUCAACCCGGCCCAGCUGUCGUCGCCGUACGUCAAUCCCAACUACCUCAACAUCCCCAGUCCGUCGUAUGGGGGAUACAGUCCAGCCUCGAGUACGUAUGGCGACUUUGGCGACGCGUCUCCGGUGGUCUACAGCGACGCCGAAGACAACGGGGCCUACGGCGUCGGGUACGCGGCAACCUCACCAAUGCUGGGCGGUGCCAACACUUAUGGCGUCGGGCCUUCCCAUCUGAGCACCAGCCCGGAUUAUCCCCCACCAGAGGACCUGUUGUGGCUGCCGCCUCACCACCGAUCCCUUGUCCCUUCGCCCUUUCUGAGUCCUGAGCAACCCCCGCUCCCAGUUCCCGAGUCUCCCGCCUCUCACCCUGCUCCUCUGGCCGGCGAGGAGACUGCCUUUCCUGUCAACGUCGUGUCCACCCUGCCUUCAACAGCGCCGGACCAAGGAAAGGGCAAGGCCGUGUAGCUGCGCACUAUUUCGCCUUUUGCGUUGGGUUUACGAUACGAACUUUUACGACAUUUUCGUUAUUUUAUUCUUUAAUCUCGUCAAGCAUCCGAGUUGCUUGCUG